GUAAAUUACAAAUCUCGUCUAAGUCUCGACCAAAAUCUUCCUCCUACAUUCCAAAGUUUGCUGAACAGAAAUAUACAUGUAGAGGCCCAUUGUGUCAAAAAUGGCACUUUACAAACCAAAAAUUCCAGUCACUGCCCAACACUUCCUGGAGUGUGGUACUGAACGUUGUGAGAGAAAUUGUGAAUUUUACUGCAAUUCCUGCCAUCAUCAGAUGUGUAAACCAUGCAGAGACCAACAUCUAAAGAUUGCAGAAAACAAGAACCAUGAAGUGGUCCUUUAUCAGCAACGUAGACGACAACUCCCUGUGAAGAAAUGCAAGAUCCACCCCACUAAAGAUAUAGAUAUUUUUUGCAAAGAAUGCAAUGUUCCUUUAUGUUCCAAGUGUUCAACAAUGCAAAAUCAUCGGGGGCAUCAAUUUAUUGAUUUAGAAAUUAUUUACACAGAGAAAUUUGAAAUUUGCCAUAAGGAACUCUCUAAAAUCCAUAAUUACUUUGUUCCUACAUCAGAGGAUUUACAAAGAGAAGUUCAGGAAGAUGCCAAAGAAGUUAAAGAGAUCAUGGACAGCAUACGGACAUCCAUGAAGGCUGAAGCCGAGUCUCUCAAAAACAUGGUGGACACAGUUCUCUCCGAAAAUAUAGAGGAAUUAAACCAAAUAGAGAAGUCAUUGCUAGAAAAAUUAAAGAUCCAAGAGAAGACAUUUGAUGAUUAUAUUGGCUAUCUCAGUGACCUUGUUAAAGAGUUCCAGAGUUACCUGUCCUCUACUGAGCUCACUAACUUCACAACUCAGCUUCCAGAAAAGUUAAAAAUAAAAUCCAUACCAGAGACCACAAAACCUGUCAUGCCGGAAUUUUCUCCUGCUCAAUACAGCAAAAAUGAUGUGAAUAAAUUACUGGGGAAGAUAACUGUAACAUAUAGAAAGAAAAAACUUAGAAGAAUAGAGCCCAUGAAUAUUGCUUCCUUUUCUACAUCAAUGAAAUCUACCAGUGAACAUACAAAACAGGAUAAAGAUAUGAAAUCAGACAAGAAUCAAUCAAUGUCAGACUCUCCAUCUGCCUCUGUCACCAAGGUCAGGGAAUUCAAUGUACUAAGUAUUAAUAAUGUGUGCCAUGUAUCACGAGGUCAAUCAGACAGACUCUGGAUCAGUGACAGUAAGGGUAAUCUUGUCCAAAUAGAUCUACAGGGAAAUGUAAUACAGAAGUUAGAAACCAGUGGUAGAUCUGAAGGUUACCACACAGUGACGCAGGGCAGAGAUCUGAUCUUUACAGACAAAAACAAGAAAGUCAUCAAUAGGAUUACAUCGGAUAAUAAUAUCAUUGAAUUCAUCAAAACUGGAGGCUGGAUACCAUACAGCAUACACUCCUCCCAUAUCAACGGGGACUUACUGGUGGGGAUGGUGAAGAGUGGAGGGGGUAAAGUCACCCGGUACAACAAGACAGGAAAAGAACUACAGAACAUACAGAGGGAUGAUAAAGGACAGGGACUGUAUAGUUAUCCACACUACAUCACAGAAAACAGCAAUGGAGAUAUCUGUACAUCAGACUUUAUAAAUGUAGUGGUGGUGAAUAAAUCAGGACAACACAGGUUCUCCUACAAAGGUCAGGAGUCAGGGUUCUGUCCCUUUGGAAUCUGUACUGAUGUCCUUGGUCACAUCCUGGUGUGUGAUGUUCUCAGUAAAACUGUUCAUAUCCUUGAUCAGGAGGGUCAGUUCUUGUCUCUAUUGCUCACUCAAGAACAAGGGGUAGAGGAUCCCUGUAGUGUGUGUGUGGAUGAUGAGGACAAUCUCUAUGUGGGAAAAUAUCUCACCAACACACUGACAGUGUACAGGAAUCUUGAGUGAUUAUAAUUCUAUCAGUUGUAUAUAAUUAUCAAACUUAAAAUUGUGAUUUCCAGCACAAAAUGUAUAUCCUGAAUACCGUAGAUCUAGAAAUUUUUGCUGUAGAUAAUUUUAGCAGAUUUGUUCAUUGCAUUCGCAAAAAUACUUUUCUUCAAAAUAAAUCAACUAUAAUAAAAUGUAUAGAAAGCAGUGGCCUUUCGCAAAAUUUUGAAAAGUAAAAAUUAAUCAACAGCUAUUUGACCCAGGUUUGCAAAAUAAAAUUAACGUAAAAAUUUCCAGAUUUACGGUAGUGUUCCUUCUAUUGAACAUUAUAAUAAACAAAUUGUACAUACUGUAAAUUAAUUUAAAUGGAAAACAUUGCAAAAACACUUCUUUGGAUUUGGA